AUGGAUCCUGAUUCUUUCUAUAAAUUGCUCGUUCAAUCUUUUCAGAGCCAACCAAAAGAAAAUAUACUAAACUUCAUAAUGGAGAAUAAGGCGACUGCUUUUUCUUGCGGAACGAGCUUAUUGACAAGAGGAAAUAUACCAAAAAUUCAUAUUCAACAAAUUCUCUUAGCACUUACAAGAGUCCUACCAAGAAUUGCAACAGAAUCAACAGAAAUACCUUUUGAUGAAAUCGGUACCGAAAAUUUACAAAAUUUUUUUAAUGCUUGCAUCGAAUUUGAGUUUAAAGGUGAUCCAACUACAUCUCAGAUUGCAGCAAACACUAUUUCUCGUCUAAUACGUUGUGACUAUUUUUGCGAAAAUAGAUUAGGUUUUUUAGACAUUAUCUACCAAUUAUACUUUGAUCCUCCAUCCCCUGAAUCUAUUUCAGGUAUUACAUUAAUAAUUUGCGAUGUAAUUGAUUACAAUCAACAACUUGAAGCACAUUUUGCUGAAAUCGCCAAUCAACUCUUAGUUCAUUUAAAUAAUCAUCCUGAUUUAAAAACCAUAUACGAUCAAUCGAUCAGAAUUGUCGAUAUUUUACUUAAAAAAUCCUUUAUUACAGAUCAAGAAACUGGCCAUCUUAUUUUCCAAAUAUUACAGAUCACUAUCAAUAAAAUUGGAUCAAAGUCCGCAUCAUAUGCUUGUUUUUCAGAUAUUUUUCACUUUUACUAUGAAUUUGUUAGUGAAAUUGGAAAUGAAAUAAUGCAAAUGAGUAUUAGCGAUAUUCAAGAAGGCUCAGAUGACUUAAAGUCUAAUAUACUUGGUAUGUGGAGGUCAAUAAUUCACUCAGAACGAAUUGCAAAAGAAAGUUUUAAUUUAAUUCAUCAAAACUUAAUAGAUAUCAUAAAUAUAUUAGCAGUUAUAGCCUCCACAGUUCCCCAAGAUAUCUGCACCAUCCAAGAACAAAAUCAACCAAACAUUAUUGCAACAACUUUGAUAUCCAAGCUUUCCAAGCUCCAAUUUGCCAACGAACCAUUAAUACAGAAGUAUUUUCAGCUCAAAGUAUCACAAAACCCUGGAGAAAGAGAAACUGCGUUAACAAUUAUUGCAUCAUUAUUUAAUAAUGGAGAUAUCUCAAGUAUAAUUGAUGAUGCUCUUUCAUUCAUAUUGGCUUCCAUGUCUGAUGAUAUCAGUAGAGUCAGAGAGAACGCGAUGAUGGCUAUACAAGCUUUUCUUGUUCCUUCAAACUUUUCUGACUUAAUUCAACAAGCAGUGAGUCAAUCAAUAGACUCUGUUCUUCACAUUCUUCAAGAGGACUCAAAUCUCUCACAGACAGCAAACUCUUUGUUAGUUUCUAUUGCUGAUGCUGCGGAUGACAAAUACAAGAAAAAAGUUACAAAAUUAUUUUUGAAAAAUGUUUUGUCAAAUGAAAAUCUUGAUAUAAAACUCAACUGCGCCAAGUCAGCAUCAAUAAUUAUUGCUGAUCUAUUACCUCGUGACAUGUAUCCGAAGAUAUUUUUGAAUGUUUUGGAAGUAAUUUGUAACAUUGUCAAUGAAGAAAAUCCUGACUUUAAUAUAUUGACAACAAUGUUUUCUUGUUUCCAAACAAUUGUUUAUAGAUUAGAAAACAAUGAAGUUUUAAUUAAUAAUUCUGAUGAAAUAUGCAAUGUUUUUAAUCUAACUCUUUCUUCUGAGAAUGAAGAUUUAGGCAUGAAAUCAUUAGUUCCAUUGGGUUGUUUCGCUCGAAGUAUUGGAAGUGAACUUUUCGACGAUGAAAAAUUUAAUUUUACGAUGAAUGCAAUAUUAAAGUACCUUUCUAAGGUCAAUGAGCCAGAGAGCAUUCAGAAUGCAGCUAUUGCAAUAAGAAUGAUGAUAGAUAAGUUCAAUUUAUCUGAUUAUGUCGUUCAAAUAAUUUCGUUUUGUAAUGAUAUAAUGACAAAUUUGAAUUUAGAAUCAAAGAAAUAUUGUUUUAGAGUUAUUAAGGAUAUAUUUACUUUCUAUCCUGAAAUUCUUUCUGAAGAUAUCUGUAAUACAACAAUGUCGCUUUUAAUUUCAAGUGUUAAUGAAGUCAAAGCCGUGAGAGAUAACUUGGAUGUAUACUAUUCUUAUAUGGACGCAUCCCAUGAACUCCAAGAUCAAGUAACUCCACUCAUUGGAGCAUUUACUGCAGCAAUCACAAUACUUAAGGGAAAUUCUGUUAUUUCAGAGAUUAUUCCUGUUGUUGUUUCCCUUCUUGACUUCUCUUGUUGCAUUCGAGGUUUGUGUGAACCAUUGCUUGUCGAAGAAAUCAUUUUGUGUAUGCAUUAUUUAAUUGUUUCAUGUGAAGAUGAAUAUGAUGUCAAACAGAACUUCUCACAGAUGCAAUCUGUUCAUCAAAUGCUUCGUUUUGCAAUGGAGAAUCAGCUUGAAAAUGAGAAAGUUGGAGAAAUUAUUUUCUCAUUUGACAAUUAA